CACGACAACAGAGCAAAACUUAGGGAAACAAACCGAGGAGGCGCUUAAAUCUAUUCCUGGCUCAGGCGAAACUAUCCUGGCCCCUAUGAUUUCUAGAAGAAGUUCCAGGACGCCCAAGAAGAGCGCCAAGGUUGCAGCACAGCUGGAGCCUGAGAGCGAAGACGAUUCACCCUCUCCCAUCCAGCCCUCCUCAUCCAGCAAGGCGAAAGGGAAGAAGGCGGCACCGGCCCCGUCGAAAGGGAAACAGUCACUGCCGAAGAGAACUUCUGGUGGAACUGCUGUUGUCCAUAACAGUUACAACGAUGAAAGAGAUAGUGGAUCACAGAAUGGCAAUGAUUCUUUCGAGGCACCUAACGAUCCUUCGGCAGAAUUAGGACUUGCUGCUCUGCGUGAUAGUCCUGAGGGCAUGAAACCUUUUUAUCCAUAUUCAACACUAAUCAGAUAUGCUAUUAAAGGAUCGCCUGAGCGCAAGAUGCUUCUGGAGGAUAUCUAUGCAGCGAUCGAGGAACGCUUUCCUUGGUUCAAGACUGCCCCAACAGGGUGGAAGAACUCCAUCCGCCACAACCUAUCCCUCAAUCCCUCUUUCCAGAAAGUUCCGCGGCCUCUAACAGACAGAGGGAAAGGUGCUUACUGGACUGUCAAUGACAACGUUGAUCCUCGCUCUGGAUCACAUCGUUCCCGCAAGAAAAGGGCACGCGAGUCGCCCCUUGACGGAACAGUCCCAUUCCCAGAAGGCGCAAGCAAUAUUCCCUAUGGUCGCGUAGUGUACCCGUCCUUCACUUUCGAUCCAAAUGCUCAGAUUCAGAUACGUUUCCCAACCACAGGGGAGAAUAUCGAGCUUGCUUUGUGCCCGGAAGUGGAUGAAGAAGGGAGCCCUAAUUGGCGGUCGAUAUGGCUGAAUGAGCUGAUCAAGUUGCAGCACGCAACCGCUGAAGCAGAGCGCAAUGGUCAGGACGCUGAUUGGUAUAGGGCAAUGAUCGAACGAUUGCGAGUUGCCUUUGCCCCUCAGAUAGAUGACGAGGAAGAUGAGGAGCAAGUUCGUCAAGCGAUGCAAGCAGAUGAGAAAGGCAGUGAUGCAGAUGGUGAUGGGGAACGAGAACCAGAAUGACCUCCAGGGACGGUAUUUGCUUUGCUCACUCCUAUGUCUCUUUGUACCUCGCACACCUACAUUAUUCCCAGAUUAGUGUAAUUCUUGACGAAUACUGUAUCAACUCUGAUUAAAUAGCAACCUCCAACAAUAGUGGGAUUAUCUACAGCUCGCCUCCUCCAAGUGUCGUUUUGGAUCUUGCUUACCCACAUG